GAGCAGAAAACCAGAAGUUGGAUUCAUUCAUAUACCAGCCAGAGCCUGCCUAUCCACUGAGAAAUCUCUCUCUUUACCAACGUUUACCUCCUCUGAGGUGUAUUUGGCGUAAAGCAUCCUACAGGACUUCUGUUCAGGAAUGACUAAUUGAUUGGCAGUCGUCCACCAGUCUCCUGAAUACAUUUAUGGCACAAAUCUCAGAGAAAUGGAUUCCAUCACAGCAGAAAAUGUUUCCAGUGGUAUGACUAUCUGGAAGCUUGGAACCAAUCAGUCUUUUUCACACAACACAUCAGAAAACAGCAGCAGCUCUACCUGCAUUAUUUUGAAUUCAUGGGAUUGGUUAUAUACAUUUCAGCCUAUGUUCCUCUGGGUCAUUUUUGUCCUGGGAGUGAUAGAGAAUGGCUUUGUCCUCAGCGUUUUGUGUUUCCACAAGAGUCGCUGCACGGUAGCUGAAAUUUACCUGGCAAACCUGGCAGUUUCCGACUUGAUGUUAGUUUGCGGUUUACCUUUCUGGGCCAUUAAUAUCACUAAUCAGUUUAAGUGGCCUUUUGGCACUUUCCUGUGCAAGGUUGUCAAUGCAAUCAUUCACAUGAACUUUUAUUCUAGCAUUUAUUUUUUGAUGAUGGUGAGCAUCGAUCGCUACCUGGCCCUGGUGAAAACCAUGUCUCUUAGACAUAUGCGACGAGGUACAUGUGCCAAAUGGAAUAGCCUUAUCAUCUGGAUGUUUGCAUUGCUCAUGUGUUCUCCUGCUCUAGUGUUCAGGUCUGUCAGUUAUGUGGAAGAAGUCAAGGGCAGAGCCUGCAUUCUUCAUUAUCCAUCCACACACUGGACAAUUGCAACAAACAUUGUGCUGAAUACUGUGGGCUUUUUGAUCCCACUCUGUGUAAUUACCUAUUGUACUAUUCAAAUAAUCAAAGCCUUACGAGACAACAAAAUACAAAGACUCACAGAAAUCCAAACUGAGAAGAGAGCCACCAUCUUGGUCCUUGCUGUCCUUUUGCUGUUUAUCAUUUGCUGGCUUCCUUUCCAGAUUACCACAUUCAUUGACAUACUAAUUCAGGUAGGCAUCAUUUCUAACUGCGUACAUGUCAAUGAAUUGGUGACCCAGGUAGCUACAUACUGUGCUUAUAGCAACAGCUGCCUUAAUCCAGUAUUGUAUGUCAUUGUAGGCAAGCAUUUCAGAAAGAAAUCCAGGGAACUCUACAAAGGCUGCCUGCCUAGGAUAUGCACCAAAUCAGAGUCCAUCCAGAUGGAGAAUUCUUUGGACACUCUUAGAACGUCCAUUUCGAUUGAAUGCCCAAAGAAAAAGUCUGUUUCUUCAUUAGCACGAUAGCACAGUUUUGCUUAUUGCAAAGUUACAAGAAAUUCUUUCAACAUAUCAGUGUGUAAACUGUCCUUAAUAUCCAGCUACUAUGGCACCCCAUGGUGUGCACUGGCUGCAUUCAUUAUGCAUGAAAGCUUGGGGAGCUGAUCUCAAUAGAAAACUCCAUGUAGGCACCUACUUCUAUCAGCUAAGGACAACAUUUUUCAUGACUGAAUCACAUUUCAUGAUAUAUUUAAUAUAUUCAUGGCUGAAGUAUAUUUGACACACUAUCAUUUUAAAUAUUCAUAUUGCUAACAAAGAUAAGUAUCUGACAUCAGAAUAUAGUUCUCUAAGUAAAGCCAUUUUAUAACAGCUACUGUCAGUAUUAUGAAGCUAACCACAGUACCCAUACAUUUGAAAGAAUACAUUUUUAAUAUAUGGAACAUUUUCAAAUGAGACUAUAGUGAAUAGAAAGUCUUAUAGGAUCAUUAUUUAAAUUGAUGUUUAGCCUCCACAUUAUUUUCCCCCUUUGAUCAAUAAGGUGUUCCAAAUGAUCCAAUCCGAAAAAUGCUGUUUACGUGAUUCCCAGGUUAUACCUUCUGGGGAUUGCUCUGACUUUGGUGGGAGUAGAAUGUAAUGUAACCCUAUAUUCCCUAGAGUGGGACAAUUUCUAGUCUUUUAGAUCUGUGUAACCCCUGCUACAUUCAACAAGGGUUGCACAG